AUGUCGAAUGAACUCACGCAUCGCGCUGCGAUUGAAUUCAACAUUGUGCCUGUUUCCGGCAUUCAUUCUCCUGCUGAAAGCGAAAUGGAGACCUUCCUGGUGCAAUUUGCUGAACGUCUUAUUGAAACCAAAGACUAUCCACGGUGUCAGGUGCGUCACGGUAGAUUUGCAAUUUACACGUGAAUUCCAGUUAGUUUUGCUCUUAUUGUUCUUAAUCGGAUCGGGGAUCACAGCCAUAUGGCUGUGCUUGAAUUAGACAGAGCCUUCGCGGACCGUCCUCUUUCCACGGCCGCAAAAUUCGGCCUAGGAAAAUUCGUAGCGUUCAUGGAUUUCCUUUCCAGGGCGGAGGCAUCUGUGCAAUCAUCUUAUUAUUCACGACGUAUUCGGCUCUUUCGUCUAGCCACAAUGUUGUGGACACUGAGCCCGUAAUUCCCACAGAUAACAUUGCACUCAUCCAGGUGGUGCUAUUUUUACUGUCUAUGGUCGGUUACACAACCGGCUCACCCUUGUCAGGACCGGUUAGUUAACAUACUCUAAUCAAUCCUCAUAAGUGUCAUCAAGGGCCUGAAUGACGCACACAUUGUAUCGUUUUUUCCCUACUUGUCUGUUGGGUCGGAUGGUAGGACGAACUGCCGAGCGGAAUGGGCUGCAAAGUACCUGGGCUUCCUUUCGAGUGCGCGCACACCGGACAGCAUUACGUAAAGUUCUGAUUAUCCUCCGUGUGCGUUGUUGACUGUCGUACUCCGGUGGGCAGCAGAUGUAGCAGAAAGGCCGAGUUUCUCGCUCAGAUUGUGACCCGUCAGUCGAUCAUAUAAUUAGUCGAGAAUCCGCAGCAAGCUCUGACCGGCCUGGUCUUGGCCUCCUAUGUCGCAGGUUGGGGUUUGAGCGUGCUGCCACCAUCCUUACUUACUGUGAGGUAUUAAGGUCAUCUCCAGCUGAACUCCCGACCAUGCUUCGGGUUAGAUCGAGGCCUUAAAUAUCUAUUCGUCUGGCUACAAGGACUGUUACUUCCAAAACGGCCGAAUCCUAAGGUCUUUUGUCUUACUGCCAUUGAAUCCCUCGCUGAAGUUUCGUCUUCUGUUGCUACAAAUAUUUUGAUAUUCGUCGUAUCUGACUCUUCACCUCAGUCAUAUUUCACAUUAUUUUAGGCUGAGUCGGUUUAGUCGACGAGAACCUGGCUUGUUAGGCUCCCUUUUUGCGUACUUUGCGCACUUAUAAUCAUGUACAUCUACGGUCCAUGCCUUGAAUUGUUGGAAUUUAGAUUUCCACUCGCAUGCGUGACAUCAGCAUUGUGUCAACCUUAUGUUAGCGCGUAAACCAGAUUGGAUGCUUUCAACCCGGCGUAGUCAACUAGAUUUCGUGUUCUUUUGGCGAACCUUAUUUUAUGCGCUAGCGCCCUCGGAUGUGUCUGCUAGCGCAUUGGAUAUCCCGUCCAUUUUGAACUUGUCCGGCUGUUUAUAAUUUGCAUUGUUUUUCUGCUCAGAUUGACAACGCAAAGCGAACGACCUACUGAAAUUUAUUUCGCGUUCUUGCUAUAGGCUGCUGCUGCUUCGUAGCGCAGAUUGAGAGAUCAUGGCUUUUGUCGGAAGAACUUAUAUACUCGCAACUCGUAGAAGCUAGCCUUUCCAGGAAAAAGUCUCAUGCUCGUCUUUUUUAAUCUGUAGAAGAAUCUUGUUUCAGCACAUCGAACUGGGGAAUUUGCUUAUUUUCGGGAGCUCAUGUGCCGAAUUUCGCAUGAGGUUCCUUCGUAUAUUUUCAUUCUUUACAUUUUUGCUCUGGCUACAUCCUUAUUCGGGAUUUUAAACGUUGAAAGCCAUGUUAAGGUCUUUUAAUAAUGUCAGUUGAAGAGCUUAUAUCUGAGAGUUUAAUCUAAUAUAUGGUUUUCGCACCGCUCCUAUCUGGCCACCCCAAUCCCUCACCUCUCUUCGUAUUUAUGUUUCCGAAUUGUUUUUGCUAUAUUUGAGUAGCGUGAAUUGCAAUACUUCACCUCUGGCCCUAAAUUCACAAGGCCCCGCAUGGUAUUCUUCACUUCCUCUGAACUCAUCGGCAUGCACGACUCCCCUAUAGUUUUUUUAUGGUAGUGUGAUGCGCGCUCGAAGUCCUUCACUGUGGAGCAAAUUAUUGAGUGCGGAUUGCUGGUUGAUCUUGAGCCUUACGAGUCUUAUCAUUCUGUUUUACCUGCUUCAUGCUUCCCUAAAAGAAGGUCUCCUGCUUGUUUUUGCGUGACUAGAGGUAGUUAUUCGUAUUUUCUUUGCAAUCAGCUGAACGUCCGCAUUCAAAUGGUGUCUGGCGCCGUCGGCCAUCCAGCAACAAUGGCAGCCUGUAUAAACGCUCUCACUCUCGCCCUCCUACAGACAUCAAUACCCCUCAGGGCCACGGUGGUGGCCGUUUGUACCUCUGAGCUAGAUCCUACUCUACGACGUGAGUGGAUGGUCUUCUAACAUGCUUUUUCCGCACUAUUUUGCAUUUCUUUCAGACCUGCUUCGUGAUUUUUUUUGGCUGUGCACCGCACAGUCCAUCAUGGUUCUUAUGACUCCUAUCCGGAGCCCAUUUGUGCAAGAUUGUUCUGUCUUGCCUGCGCCUCUGGCUGCCAUUGCGAUAGAAACCGAAGAACAAGCGUGUAAAUGAGUUCGGAUUUGUUCAGAAGUGUCAGUUGUUAUGGCCGGCAAUGACGUCUACUCAACACUUCUUCUUCGUAUCGUUCUUUCUUUGCUUAUUUGUCCACUUUAUUAGUGCACACUGAUUGUGCUUCCCUGUCUAUGCAUACUAACUCUUACUAUGCCAGAAGAUGUUUGUAAACCUCAAAGUCGGCGAAAGACCCGACUUUUGAGCUCUUUGUCCGUCACCUUAUCCUCUAGACAGCCGUAUUCCACAAUCACGAAUCUAUUGCGAAGGGAACUUGGAGGAUACACAAAGUGUUGACCGGGCCCCCUAAAAAGGGCCACGUUAGAGUUGUGAUGGAGCCAAUUCGGGGCACAGCACGCGUAAUCGGGCUGCAUACCCAUGACAAUGUCAUGCAUGGGUACACCUAGGUGUAGGCUCGCCCCGCGCCAGACAUCUGCGCCCGAUCCCGUCUCUGGCCUUCUCAACUCUGUCGUGACACCGGGUCCAUUAGGGUGAGACAAUAGAGGGUGCGGUAGAUGCGGCGAAAGUCUGCUGUCACAGACUAAUUCACGCGCUAGUCUACGUCCCCGCGCCUACCCUGCCGUGGGACAUCGUCGAUAAUAACGGCCGAACUGUCAGUACACGUAAACGACAUCAGUCGCUGAUUGGACUGCCUGUCCAUUUGUAUUCCAAGCUCCAAAUCUAAUGAGGCGGACGGCUUUGCCUGAUCGUAUGCUUGUGUUUUUCGCUAUUUUAUCCACCUUAUGGACCGAUCACCUUUUUCUUUACAUUUGACAGUUUAGGUUCGUCAGGCAUGCCUAGACGGCAGCCAAGUCAACUGAGUGUCCUUAGAAUGUCAUGUCGACUGUACACAAGACUGUUUAAGGAAAACCCAUCAGUCCGCGCCCGUUCCACUGGCCUGCUUAGGCUAGUUUUUUCGAUGUAGUAGACAUGUUCUAGCAGAGCUUUCGUUGGUUCGCCUGCCGCCCCAUAUGCUUUGGAUUUGGUAGCAAAGUGGUGUUGUUAUCCUAAAACCUGUCAAUGGUUUGCCAAAUGAGCAAUCAGUUUGCACUUAUGUACACUUGUACUUGGUACGGCUGCGAUCAUGUCUUAUCUAACCGGCCUCGAUGAUAUCACGGACCGCACAUCUCCACACGUUACGAUCCGCGGCGGCAGAUCUGAACAGCCCAACCCAUUCUCUUCACCAGCGACGGAGUCCAGAUACCGAGGGUCCGAGAAGCACUUCCAUGCCAUGACGGACUGUGUCGAACCGGAUUUUGAGUUGAUUCCCCUUUCGACGCCUCGAAGUAAGAAACGGUGCCGGGUCGACGGCAGCAACACUGUGGUGGGUGACGAAGAACAUAUUCAAACCGCCGCAGUCGUUUUUCUUGAACUGCCUGAGAUAUCCUUAUGAUGUUGCCGUAGCGAGUGCGCACUGUCUUAUCUGUGACGAUGCACUUUGCUCAGGGAUAGUCCUCAAGCAGUGGUGUCCGAAUACUCUCAGCUUUCGCUCAUCUUCCACGCACACAGCCCAUCAUUCACAACUGUACAGAAGGACUAACCGGACGGAUGCACGGUACACGCGAAUAUCCGUGGCGAUGGAGACGCCGCGUCGGGUCCGUAGACACUUCAGAAAACCCGGUGGGCAGCAUUAAUUGGGAAGGCAAUGUCGUCCUUACUAUAUCCAUUCCACAGCCCCGAGGUAUUUUAAACUCUACAGUUUCAAGUUGACAGCCAGUAAUCUCGAGAGAUGCCUUCUCCUGAUCGGGGAUGCAGCUUGAAAAUACUUUGGUCUUCCCAGCGUUUAUAGGCUAAAUCGAUAGAUGUAGCAACUUAAUUCACCCGUGGCACCAUAGACUGUAGAUCGCUAGAGCUCGGAGCUAGUAAAGUGUUAUCGUCAACGUAGUCAAGAUCAGUCAGCAAGGACCCGGGUGCAAAGUCGACACUGUCAACUCUGUGUAGGACCUUCCCAGAAUCCAAUCAAUUUGCACCCCAGUAUCUGUCCUAAGGCAGCUGUUUUCCGUUGAAAUUCUGCAAUUGCCGUUGAGGAAAUACCGGUGUCUCAUAUGACCCUGGUCUUCAGAUGCCCAUAGACGACCCACCGGCUUCGGAAUCAUGGUAUUAUCGUCGUAUAUGUUUUAUUAAUGAACACAUUUUAACUUCACGGAGCAGCCAUUUACUGCCGCCCAUGGCACAAUCUAGAAUAGGAAGAAAGUGAUGAGCAAACUCACAGACUUCGUGUCCAUUUUCUCCACGACCAUUUUCACACGCACAUUUUCACAUCUAUAGCCACUGUGCACAUCGAUCUGUGAGUUGCUUCCGGAUCCGUGUUUGAUGGGCUUUGUCCGCGGCCUCUGGUUCUAAGUGCCACCCAUGGACAUUCGAUGCUAUGAACGUACGAUAAGUUAUGAUCGCAGAGUCGUGCUUGGAGGUCCGCACGUUAGGGAAUCCUCGGUGAUGGAGCGUGUUGCGCGGUGUGGGCCGGAGAGGUUACCCCUAUUGUGUUCAUGUUGAUAUCCGCGUCCACUGGUGAGAGCAAACUUUUUUUCACGGCCCCAUAUCCAGACUUUUGGCAGAAUUUACGUCCACCCUGUUGAUGAGAACGAGUCAAUGGAUUUCGUGUCACUUCGGCCGAAUUCCGGAUCCGACCUCAACAUUAACCCUAAGCUGAGCAUGCCUCAAAUUACUUUCCUUUCUUUGCUAUUCCAUGGUGCGCUCGAUUCACCUCAAAUUAUUUCCAGUCCUUCCCGAUUUACGCCUCUCCCAGGUCCAGUCUUUGCAUCGUGGAUCAAAGACCACCAAAAAAUUUCCCAUUUGUCCGUUUUGCAUGAUGCAUUUCGAAGAAUGUGCAUUCAAAGCUAGGAAUUCGGUUAUCCCGGGUGUUUAGGGAUAUUCAGUGUUGGCCUUUUUUAAACUCGCUUCUAAACUUGUACCAACUGUCUUGCAUGUGUUAAGAUGACUGGCGAUCCAGUGUGUGAGGGGUUUUCCCGUCGACCCUGAAACUAAUUUCUGUUUUUAAUCAUUCACCGCUCGUGACCCUUCGCUUGCAUUGUUCUACCCUACCCCCUAAAGCCAUUACUCUGGCCGUGGAUGUCACACACCCUCUCCUCUCUCUGCCAACACCUGGCGUCGCAAAAAAAGCGAAGUCAGACUCUGAAUCCGCUUCCCCUCUCGUCUUUGGCGUUUACUUUGGACGACCGGACGACGCCACCAGCCUUCGUUCCAUCACUCCAUCGACGCUGCUGGCCUUGACCUCCUCGCCAACCUCGACAGACCCCAUUACCGUGGCGCUUUAUGCCAGAGCCAACAAUUUAUUCAGCGCCAUGCUCGAACCGAUAGCGGCUGUUGCGUCACAAGCCUAG